AUGCAGGCUGGGCCUAUUGUUUCGGGACAUACUACCCGUGCUGCCAGUGAUACAGGCUCAAGCGGUGGGCAUUCCGGCUCGCUGAUCAAUUCUCCUUCACCUUGGGACUUCCUAUUACCAGACCAACUCUUUGAUUUCCAGGCGUCUUCAGAGUCGUUUAUGGUCGGCGACGAGCCAUCGGCUAUAAUAUCCAACAAUGCCUUCUUGGAUUGUGCUUCUGCAGACUCCGUAUGGAGUACCACCAGUGAGAACUCUGCGGUUUCGUCCGCUGUAGAUACAAUGCUCUCUCCAGGGCAAAGGCGCCUACCAGAUCACAGCCUAACUCUGUCGACGCUUACCGAACGACCUACUUCCAUGCAGUCUUCCUCUAGGAUGCAACUUGAUGUCAGCCGCAUAGUCCCAAGCCCCCCACGAGAGCUCAACCACAUGCCCACGGUUCUAGCCGAGCAUUUCUUUCGUGAGGUCAUCACCCUGUAUUGCACCUGGGAUAGUGGGUCAAACACGAUGCGGAAUAUCGUUGAAAGAACGUGGCAGUCAUCAGGGGUUCUUCAUCAUACUAUCCAGAGUAUGGCAGCAGCAUGCCUCUCGGAAGAUUUCCCCCAUUUUGCCCCUAUUGCGGCCAAAGAACACGCAAGCGCCCUUCAAUACCUUCGUGAUAUCUCGGUACCAUCAUUAACACCAAGUCAAGACAAGAUUUUAGCAUCUACAAUGCUGGGGCAUACGGCUAGCUGGCUCAACCCUCAAAACCUUGCUACGGACAUAUUCAGAGUCAGCUGUGACAUGGUCAAGGAAAUCCCUGCAGAUGGUGAAGAUGCCGACAGCAAAUCAUUCUUCAGCGACACCAUAAAUUACUGGGCAAUGCUCUUGGUCUAUUUGACGGACAGAAAGAACCUCGGCACCUAUACACCGGAGCCGGAGAUACCAGCCACAGAAACUCUUGAUCUGUCUCAGCCCAUCGAGCCCCAUCCUUAUUCGGGCCUUUCAAGAGAGACAGUGAAGCUCCUCACAGAAGUGGGAAUGCUCAUUUUUCAGUAUCGAAAGCACACCUCCAACGUAAAGUUCAUGACUGAGAGAGAUCUGGACGUCUUUCGACAGUCAUUACGGGACGCACGUCGAUUUGAAAGGAGACUGCUCGCUCACCGCACACCUCACCUCUCGCUAGUCAAAGACACAGGGGAUCCCAAGACCUCACUGGUCCAUCUGCAACUCAUUGACGAAGCCUACAGGUGCACGGGUCUGCUGCAGCUUUACCGCGUGUUCCCCGAUCUCCUAAAUGAGCGGUAUGCUCCUUGGGAUGAAAAACUUAUCCUUCAGCCAGUCCCCUCUGAAACCGUCCCCAGCGCCCAAGAAAGGCAGGUUUGGUUGACCAAGCUGGCCAUUCAUAUCUUGAACAUCCUCCGGGAAAUACCGUUUGAGUCCCGGACCCGCAGCGUGCAACCCUUCAUCAUGGUCUCAUCUGCGAGCGAGCUAAAACAUCAUGACCGAGGCCACGCGGAUGGGACUCUAGGUGUGAGUCAGUUCUCGAUCGAAGUAGCGCGCGCACGUAAAUUUAUAAGCUCUCGAUUGGCAGCGUACACUCAUAUUCUGUCUUUGCGCAAGAUAACAGUCAUUUUUGAGCUGAUUCGGUCAAUAUGGUCAGCGAUCGAUGCUGGGGAAAAGGAUGUGUAUUGGUUGGACGUGGCUUGGGAGAAGCAGCUUGGAACGAUGAUGGGAUGA